UGCCUGGUUCCCCCGCGGCUCUACCUGCAGCUCUGUAUUUCAAGAACGUGGCGGUGGCGAAGUGGAGAGGCGCGGGCAGCAAGGGGCGGGUGCAGCUGCCGGGGGGAAAGGAGGAGCAGGAGGCAGUGCGGGUGCAACUGGUGGAGGUGCUACUGCGAUGUGGGCAGGGGAAGAUUCUCAAUGUGCUGAUUGAAGCGUUCUCUGCCGUCGUGCGCACCGAGUUGGCUUCCCCCUCCGGCUGGCCCCAGCUGCUCCCGGGCCUCAAAGCCGCUCUGCUCUCCAGCGAUCUCAUCCAGGCCGUCGGUUCCGCCUCAGCCGCUGCUCCUGGGCCGUCGGAUCCUGCCUCUGCAGCAGCAGCGACGUUCUCUACAGUCACUGUGCUUACAGUCCUCCGCGCUGUCACCAAACCAUACCGGUAUUUCCUAGACCCUACUAACGACAAGGAGCCGGUGCCGCCAGUGCUGGAAGCGAUUGCAUCGGACCUGCUGCUGCCACUCAUGCCCCUCAUGCACCACCUUAUCGCGGCUCAGGCGCAGCAGUCAAGCCCCCAAGCACAUGAUGAAGCCCUUCUGCUCAUUCUCAAAACGCUCCACCUCUCGGUUCAGAGCCACAUGCCAUCGGCCAUCCGCAAGCACAUCGACAGCAUCGUUCCGGAGCUGCUGCUGCUGCUCUCACACUGCCCACCCACCCUCGCCGCAGCAGCAGCGGCUGCAGGGCAGGAGGAGGGGGAAGUGAUGGAUGGGGGAGGAGGGGAAGAGGGAGGGGCGGCAGGAGCAGUGUGGGAGGUGCGGCUGAAAGGGUGCAAGCGAGCGCUGCAGAUCUGUCAUUCACUGGCCAGCCGGCACCAGAAGCUGACCAACAAGCACUUUCCUGCCAUGGUGGAUGGCAUCACGGCCAUCGUCUGCAACUCUCUGUGGACCAGUCAGCUCCCGUCAGCGGCCCGUCGCGUCAUUGCAGUGGCGUUUACAGCCAUAGCUCAAGUUCUCGACUCUGCGCCGGGCUGGAAGGUGGUGGCUCCUCAAUUCGCGCAUCUCCUAGAGGCUGCCAUCUUCCCCGCACUCUGCCUGCACCCCCACGAUUUGGAGCUGUGGGAUGAGGACGAGGAGGAGUACGUACGACGGAAUCUCCCCACGGAUUUAGAUGACAUCGAUGAGAUUGAAAGCUAUGACCCGCGGCAGUGCGCUGCUCACCUGCUCGCGCUGAUUGCCACCUCCAAGGGAAGCCCAGCCAAGGGCAAGCCGGGCGCAGCAGGAGCAGCAGCAGCAGCAGCUGGCAAGUCCACGUCACCAGCAGCGGGCAGAAGGAGACAACGAAGGCCGGCCGCUACCAAGGACACUGACGCAGCAGCAGCUACAGUGGUGCUUCCGUUCCUCUCCAGGUUCCCUCUCCCAGCUGAUUCUCCCGUCCCAAUGGAAGGCAUGUUUGUGGCGGGGGCAGGGGGAGGCCAGGCUCCUGCUAACACUGCCAGUGCUGCUGUUGUCCACUACUUUGGCGUUCUGCAGGCCUAUGCAGCCAUGAAAGAGUACUUCGAGCGCCAGCCAGCCCACCUGGAGCAGCUACUGCCAGCUCACGUGCUGCCCCUCUUCUCGCAGCGCCACGUCAGCGCCGUCCUAUUGGCCUCUGCCACGUGGCUGCUGGGAGAGCUCUCCACCGCCCUGCCCGAGUCCCUGCACAACCCGGUGUACGAGGCGAGCAUGAAGGCCAUGGCAGCAGGGGACGUGGAUGGGCAGUCAUGGGCUGCUGUGCGGACUGCUGCCUCGCACUGCAUCUCCUACCUCAUCCAGAAUGACGUGGAGCCGUCUGAUUGGCUGGCGUUCCUGCAAGCAGUGGUAGUGGCAACAAGGGCGGGGGAGGAGAGGGAGGCGGUGAGGGCGCUAGACCUGCUCGAGUCGGUGGCAGUGGAGGGCGGGGAGGGCGUGCACGCCCACCUGCCUGCCAUCAUUGCUGCUGUCGCCAAUGACACCUGCUCUGCUCUGCCUCCCCCGGAGCAACCCUGGUCGCAGCGUGUGUGGGCGCUCUUCUCUGCGCUCGCCUCUCUGGUCGAGUCAUGGGCUGAUGACGAGCUGCCAGGGGGGGAUGAUGACGAGGAGGAGGAAGGGGAGGAGAGGGGAGGGAAGGAGGCAGCAGGGGCGGAGGAGAGGAGUCGCCGGGCAGUGGAGGUGGCAGCGUCUGUGGCUCGCGUGCUGCGAGUGGCCUGGCUGAAUGAACCUGUGGAUCCAUCCAUACUAAAGCCGCAGCUAUCAAGUCAGGAGGCCGAGGAGGACAAGGAGCCGCCCCCCACGUCGUGGUUUGAUGCCUCUCUGCUGCUCUCCUUCGUCCUCAAAGCCGCCGCCAAUGCCCCGGCUGCGUCCCCCAGCACCACUGCCGCUACAGCCGGUGCUGCUAUAGCCGGUGGUGCUGCUACAGGCGGAGAUGCAGCAGCACUGGUGGUGCAGUGGGGGGUGGUGCCCUUGCUGCACAAGUGGGUGGAUCUGGUGGCGGAGUGGACGGCAUGGGAGGAGGAUGAGGACGAAGCAGUGUUUCAAACCAUUGACUCCUUGCUGCUGCUGCAGGGUCGGACCCCACUACCGGAUUUCAUCUCCAUGGCCCCUCCGCCGCCUCCCCUGCCACCCGUGCCGCCCCGCUCCAUCCUCGAAGGCGUCGCGUGCUUCGUCUCAUCCGCGCUAUCCGACGGCUCUCCUGCUGCCACGUGGCGAGCAUCCAGGCACUCGCACACGCUGCUGAACGCUGCUGCUGUAGCACUCAAUGGAGGGCCUGCUGCUGCUGCUCUGGCUGCGCGGUUUGCCGAGAACACGCUGCUGAACGCUGCUGCUGCCGUGACGCUCAAUGGGGGCUCAGCUGCCGCUGCUGCCCUGGCUGGGCGAUUUGCUGAGAUGUGUCAAAACACGCUGUUGAAUGCUGCUGCGGUGACGCUCAACGGGGGGCCUGCUGCUGCUGCCCUGGCUGCGCGGUUUGCCGAGGUGAGGCAGGAAGAAGGGGGGGAGGGUGGGGGUGAAAGGGGGGCCAUGACAGGUGUAGUGCUUGAGAAGGGAGUAUUGGGAGGUUUGCUGAGCCUCUGCUCCUCGCCCUCUUCUCCCCCAUCUCCCUCGCCCUCGUGCCCCCACUCGUUGCCCUCUUGUCCCUGCCCCACACCCACAUGUCUCUCAACUCACCAUUUUCCCCACCUUUUCCUCCCUCCUACCCCCCCCCCACCCGCCCUUUCCCUCCAUCCCUCCCUCCUGACCCCCCUCCUGCAGGCAUCCCUCACUCGCCUCUCCUCCGCCCCCUCCCUCUCCUCCAUCCGCUACAUCACCAAGCCUCUCCUCCUCGCCCUCUUCUCCUCCCUCCUCGCCUCCCCCUCCUCCGUCUUCCCCCUCCUCCUCUCCCCCGCACCUGCUGGCGACAAGGGGAAGGGGGAGAACGGGGAAGGGGAGGGGGAGAAGGAGGAAGGAGGGUUAAGGUUGGGAGUGGUGGUGCGCGGUGUAGAGAGCCUGCUGGCGCUGCAUGCGGAACCAGGGCUGUGCUCGCCCUCACGUGCCUGGUGCAGCAGCCUUGAGACGUCUCCAAACCCAAACACCCUCUCAUGCUCCCCCCUCCAUCCUCCCCCUCCUCUUUGCCCUCUAACGCCCCCAUUGCUCGUCACAGUGCUCGCGCUCACGUGCCUGGUGCAGCAGUCAGCAGCAGCAGCGGCAGUGACAGGGUCAGAUCUACCACAGCAGUGCUGGCUGCAGCGAUGGCAGAGAUGUGCUCGCCCUGACGUGCCUGCACUGCUGGCAGCCACGAUGGUGCGACUGAAAGAGGUGCAGGAGGAGACGAGCAGCAUGGAGGGGAGCGAGGAGGGGGAGGUGGACAGCGAGGACGAAGAGGAGGAUGAGGAGGAUGAGGAGCGGAGGCACAGGUGCCUGCGUGCUCUCUUCUCCCCUGCUCGCCUCUUCUCCCUCUCCCCGGGUGGUGCUGAUGAGGCAAUAAGCGGAGGCACAGUCGAGUCGACUCAAAAGUCAACGCACAGGUGCCUCUCACCUCACCAUAACGCGUGCGUGCUCUCUUCUCCCCUGCUCGCUCGCCUCUUCUCCCUCUCCCCCCUGGCUCCCCCCAGCCUGUGCUGGACGAGAGUCCUUUAUGACUCGGAGCUGGAGGCGCCGCUGAUGAGACCGCGGAGUCAGGAGGUGCCCCUCACACUGCGCCAUCUCUUCUCUCUUCUCCCUCUCCCCCCUGGCUCCCCCCAGCCUGUGCUGGACGAGACCUGUGCUGGACGAGACCUGUGCUGGACGAGAGUCCUUUAUGACUCGGAGCUGGAGGCGCCGCUGAUGAGACCGCGGAGUCAGGAGGUGCCCCUCACACUGCGCCAUCUCUUCUCUCUUCUCCCUCUCCCCCCUGGCUCCCCCCAGCCUCCCGCGUUGGACGAGAAUCUCGACGACGCUGAGCUGGAGGCGGCGCUGAUGAGGCGAUACGCCGAGGCGGCGAAGAUGAUUGGCUCGCUGGAGGAGGAUAAGGCUGACGUGGAGGAUGAGUACGGCGUUGAGCUGGAGCUAGGCCUCGCAGGGCUACAGGACGAGCAGGCGGGCAUCAGGGCGUGUCUGCAGCAGCACUGGUCGGCGCUGGGUCGCCAGGUCGUGGCACUCAAGCCAUCGCUCUCCGCUGACUUUGCCCAGGCCUUCCCUCCGGCCAAGCCGUUCCUGCUCUGA